AUGGCUAAAGAAGUUGUGCUCCUCGAUGGCGGGUUUUCAACCCAACUUGCUAAAUAUGUCGGCGAGCAACUAGAUGGUGAUCCUCUGUGGACUGCUAAAUCUCUUGCCCAGAGUCCAGAAAAAUGUACAUAUGUUCACAGAGACUUUGUAUUAGCUGGAGCAAACAUUAUAAGUACUGGAUCUUACCAAGCUACAGUUGAAGGUUAUAAAACAUAUAUUAAUAUGGACAAAGAACAAUCUCUAUGCGUAAUAAGAAAUUCUGUGAGUUUGGCUAGGCAAGGAAUAGAAAUGGCCCAAUUAGAAGCAGGGCAAACAUUUAAUGUAAAAGUAGCAGGUUCUGUUGGCCCAUACGGGGCUUUUCUUCACGAUGGUUCAGAGUACACAGGAUCUUACACAAACCAAGUUACAACUGAAAAAUUAAUAGAAUGGCAUCGGCCCAGAGUGCAGGCUCUGAUUGAAGCAGGUGUGGAUAUACUUGCCUUCGAAACAAUCCCAUGUUUCAAAGAAGCUGAAGCUCUUAUUAAGUUAUUGAAAGAAUUCCCACAAGCAAAGGCUUGGGUAUCUUUCUCUAUUAAGAAUUCAAAUACAGUCAGCAAUGGUGAAAGCUUCUAUGAUAAUAUCCUAAAAUGCUGGAAGGAAUCAAACCAAUUAAUCGCCACUGGAGCUAACUGUUUUAACCCUUCUUUAGUCAGUUCACUGUUUAAAGAUCUAACAAAAAAUCAUCCUUCAUUAUCAUUAAUUACUUAUCCAAACAAAGGCGAAACAUAUGACACUCAAUCUCAACAAUGGCAUAAUUCAGAAAACAGUGCCAGCAUUGAGUCAUAUAUUAAUGAAUGGAUGGAUUUAGGAAUAGCAUAUAUUGGAGGUUGCUGUAGAACAGAUGAUAAAGUUAUCCAUAUGAUGUCAAAGGACAUGAAGAAAUGGAAAUCAAUAAAUCUAUAA